UGGCAGCCAUGGCGACCACGCGUCUCGUCGAGGAGUUCUGCAGCCACGCAAAAUGUCCCCUCUGCCUCGAAUACUUCAAAAAUCCAGUCACCCUGGACUGUGGGCACAAUUUCUGCCAAGCCUGCCUCGCCCAAUGCUGGGGGGAAUCUAACAAGGCUGCUUCCUGCCCUCAGUGCAGAGAAACGGUUCAGAAGAGGAACUUCAAGCCCAACCGACCCCUGGCAGGCAUGGUAGAAAUCAUCAAGAAGCACCAGGAGGGAGAAAGAGAAGGAGGAAAUCAGGAAAUGUGCGAGAGGCACCGGGAACCCUUGAAACUCUUCUGCAAGGACGACGAAGCCCCCAUCUGUGUGGUGUGUGACCGGUCAAAGAGCCACCACAAUCACAGCGUUCUACCUGUGGAGGAGGCGUCCCAAGAGUUCAAGUGCUGCUCUGUAGGGCCUGCCUCGUGCCACCACCUCUCACGCUGCAGGAGGCAGGGAAACCCCUUCUGA